AGAGAAAUAUCAAUUUGCUGCUGACAUGGCAGGCUGUAGCGGUUUUAGAUGGGAUGAUGUGAAGCAAUGCGUGGUUGUGGACAACAAAGAGAUCCUCGCUGCUUAUAUGAAGAAACAAGGAGUAAGGUUGUAUACUCCAGGAAAGCCUUUUCCCCUUUAUACACGCUUGGAAAAAAUAUUUUGUAAGAAAAGAGCAAAUGGGGAUGCUGCUGUAUGCGGCAAUGACGCUGAAGAAGAAGUGCAAAUGAAUGGGUAUGAAGAAAUGGACGAAGAAGAUACGGAUUUCUUUAACUCAAAUCAUGAUUGUAGUGAAUCUCUACUCCAACAAUCAAAUUCUGUGGCUUCAUCUUCUGGGAAGAAACAAGGAAAGAAGCCUUCCUCAUUUAAAGCGGCAAAGGAUACCAAGAUGAUGAAGGAGUUAACUGACACGCUGAAAUAUGUGUUCGAUUAACAGGGAAAGCGUUUGGAUGCUUUUGCCCAAGCUAUGGUAAACACUCGUGAGGAAAAAAAGACUGGUGAUAUACUCAGCGAACUUGGAUUCACUGAUGAUGAAGUUAUUUCUAUUGCACUCAAGUUCUCCACAAAUCCUCAACUGGAAAAAAUGUUUUGGUCAUUGGAAAAUAGUCAGAAAACCGGAUUUAUUAGAGCUAUAUUGCAUACUUAGAAUUAGAGUUAAUCUCUUUGAGUUAUCAUUUCAUUUUGUGCAGACUUAGGUUCAAACAAGCAUAAUUUUACAUGCAAGAUUUUUUUGAUGUUAGUGCAUAGUUAGUUUUACGUAUUGGUUUUAAUUAUGUUACUGCAGAAACUUAUUCAA